GUACGGGACUGUCGGAUUUCUUUUGGGAUUCAAAGAUGGCUGCGCCCGUAGAGGGAAGCAAAAAGAACAACAAAAGAAGAUGAUGUGCUUAAAUUAAAGCUAAUCAAGUAGCUAGUGAAGCUGGUGUUGACAGUAAAGUUAGAAUAAAAUGGAUAACACAAGACGUGCAAAGAGGAAAAGGAGAUGUAAAAAGGAAACCUCCAACAAAACUACCUAUCGGAAAAAGAAAGCCAAAGUCAGCACAGAUACUGAAUUUAAUGAAAAUAAUCAAAAUGAAAGUUUUGUAGACACACCUAUCGAUAAUAUUCCCCAGAAUGAAGAAAAUUUGGAUUUUUAUUAUGAUUACUAUGGUUACUAUGAAGAAACAUACAAUUACGGAGAUGGUGUCGAACCAGAAACACUUCAAUUUUUGAAGCACAAAAUAUUUGAUUUAAUCACAGCCACACAAAAAUCUGACAUAAUUUGUCAUGAUGCAGAGAAAUAUUUAUCGGCCAUUUUAGGUGUAUGUAGUAUAGAACAAAGAAAAGAAGUAAUGCAAGUUAAAAAGAAUGUAUAUGAGCCACUUACUUUAGCUUGUAAGAUGACAAAUCUAAACAUGGUCAAGUUUUUUGUAGAACAUUGUCAAGCAGAAGUUAAUGGUGAAAAUCAUAAUGGAAGACCAUUACUCUGUGCUGUGGCCAAUGGUGAUGAAGAUAUUGUCCACUAUUUACUUGAAUGUAAUGCAGAUUUUAACAUAAGUUUUGCAGAAAACUACAAUAUGUUGAUGCUUUCCUUGCAGCUGUUUCCUCAAGAAAAAUUUAAGUCGUUUGGCUAUAAAUCAAAUGAGAAUUUUGAAAAUCAGGAUGAAAUUGACCAUCUUAAAGAAACACUAACCUUGAAAAUGCCACAUAAAUUUGAGAUUGUAAAACUUCUCAUUGACAAAGGUGCAGUAGAGAAAUGCACAAAAGAUCAGAUCUUUUACAUCUUGACCUCAGUUUUUAAUAGAUCAUUAGGUGUUUCGAAGGAGUCACUUCAAAUUUUAGUUGAUAAAAUUCCUAACUUUUACAAUGUUAGGAAUGCAGAUGGCAUGUCAGUUCUUGGAUAUGAAAUACUUCACCGAAGUUUUCACAUGUCAGAAUUCUUUGAUCCAUACUUCGACAAUGUCAAGGAUAUCAAUGAAGCAAACUUCUUGAAAUUUCAUGUUGUUCCAUUUUGGGAAAAGUCUGAUAAGAUAGAAAACAAUGUGGACUUUGUACUAGAGUCUUUUACCAUCAGCAAAGAAUCAAACAAUAUUUGUUUAUCUGAAGAGUUAGACGAUAAAUGUACGAAAUAUGUCCAUGCACUUGUGUAUUUAGCCUGCACAGGGAAUAUAACAUACUACAUGAAAUGUUUACAGAUGCCUGGCGUUCCUUUCAAUGCCAAGGUCAAUGGUUUGGAGAUGAUAGGGACAUAUUGUCUCACACAUAGGUAUUAUCUACAUGCUGUGCUAUGUUGGAAUGCUGCCAAUAAAUUGAGACAACAUCGGUGUCUCCGUAAGACGCGAAAUAAAACCUACUUCUCCUCAAAUAACAUAUUGAAAUGGGAAGAAGAUAUAUCUUUGGAGGAGGUAGCUCGUACAGUUCCUCUCCAAGCAUAUGUUGUGGAUAUGACUCAUGUGAUAUCAAAGAUUUUCACAGACACCUCACAAAAGACAGUAGAGGAAGUAACCCAAAGCUACAUCACCCAUGUACGAACCGGAGUAAUGCCAGAUUUAACUAUCAAUACAGAAGUCUGCUCGUUCAUGUCACAUGUAGAAAAGAAUAUCAAGGAUAAAACCACACCAAUAGAAGCAUAUACUCUGAUUCUUAUCAAAAAUGCUUUAGUUCAUGAACGUAUGAUUGGAUAUGGAGAUUUCAAUACAUUAGGUGCUUUUGAAUCUCUUGCAAAUGAGUUUUACGCAAAAGGUAAAAUAUUAGAAUGUGCUACACUGGUGACUUACAGUUAUCCAUAUUUUGUUAAGCAUCUACCAAAUGAAGUCAAUUUAUCUGUCAUUGCCAGUUGGGACAAAAAGAACGCCUUGAAAAAUUUCAUAUCACCAUUGAUAGACAUUGUUUUGAUUGAAAGUCUACAUGCAAAAUUAACCUUUGACCUUUCAAUGGCAAUAUGGAAAUGUUUAUUCCUGGAAUGUUGUGUCACACCAAGGUGUCAAAGGAAAUUUCUAGAAUUUGCAUCAUUGCUUGUGAUGAUGAAGAGAAUGGCGAAACGAGAAAAAACAGCUGAAGAAUAUCAAAGAUUUUCAGAGUUGAUGAAGAAAGUUAUAAAAACUGAUCUAAGGAACCUAUAUGGCCAGACUCUAUUACAUUAUACGGUACCUUCAUUAUCAAAUCACACAAUCGACAUGUUGAUGUCCCCUAACGACAAAAGUCCCAUGAUUUAUGAAUUCUCAGGAUCGGUAGAAAUGAUCAAACUGCUGUUGACAUACGGAGCAGAUCCUAAUGCUUUUGAUGACGUAGGUAUGACGCCUCUUCACUUUUGUUACUUUUUAAUGUUGGACAAUAAUGAAGAGAGUGGAAUAGGCAAACCUGUAGAGAUUGUCCAGACUCUCUUAGAGGGUGGAGCACAUCCAGAUUGUGCUGAUUUUAGCAAGCGUUCAGCCAUUGAGAGUUCUCAGCAAUCAUUAGUACCUCUGUGUCCAGUAUCACACCAAACACUACAGUGCCUUGCAUCAAAUGCCAUUCUAAACAAUGGGUUGUCAUUUCAUUCAGAUUUAACCCCACAUCUCGUUAAAUUUGUUGAAUUGCAUAAAAAACAUGGAAAGCCAACUACGCAGAACUUUCCUGAACAAGUAUUUGGAUGAUUAACAGAUUUAAUUGGUCACAGGACUUUCCUGAACAAUUGUUUUGAUAAUAUAAUAUAGUCACAGAAUUUUUCUGAACAAUUGUAAGAAUAAUUGAAUUGGCUGUUUAUGAUUUAGUUUUUCAUCGAACCUGCAACUUUUGUUGCAGAAAGCUUGACAUAGGGAUAGUGAUGCUGCUACGGCUACAGCGGCAGUGUUAGCUAACUUCUUAAAAGCUUUAUAUUUUAGAAGGUGGAAGACCCGGAUGCUUCAUAGUGUAAAUAUGUAAAUAGAUGCCUUAUGUUACGAAGUUUCCGUCAGUCACAUGUCCAAUGUCCUUGACCUCAUUUUCACAUGAUUCAGUGACCACUUGAAAAAAAAGUUCAUUUGUUUUUGUAAUGUUGAAUUCUCUCUUAUUAUAAGUAUAAGGAUAACUGUAUUUGGUAUGUGCAUACCUUGCAAGGUCCUCAUGCCAAUCAGACAUUUUUCACUUGACCGCAACCUCAUUUCAUGGAUCAGUGAACAAGGUCAAGUUUUGGUGGUCAAGUCCAUAUCUCAGAUACUAUAGGCAAAAGGUCUAGUAUAUUUGGUGUAUGGAAGGACUGUACAGGGUACACGUCUAACUGACAGGUGUCAUCUGACCUUGACCUCAUUUUCAUGGUUAAGUGUUUUGGUCUGUUUUUCUCAAACUGUAUGCAAUAGGUCGUCUAUAUUUGUUGUAUGGAAUGAUUGCAAGGUGUACAUGUCUAGUGGGCAAAUAUCAUAUUUUCAUGGUAAUCAGUGGUCAAAAUUAAGUUUUUGUCUUUUUAUCUAAUACUUUAUGUAAUAGGUCAACUAUAUUUGGUGUAUGGAAAUAUUUUAUGAUAUAUAUGUCAGUCGUGCAGGUUUUAUUUGACCUUGACCUUUUUUUCAUGGUUCAUUGCUCAGUGUUAAGUUUUUGUGUUUUGGUCUAUUUUUCUUAAACUAUAAGCAAUAGGUCAGCUAUAUUUGCAGUAUGGAAGCAUUGUUAGUUGUACAUGUCUGCCUUGCAUGGUUCAUCUGACCUUGACCUCAUUUUCAUGUUUCAUUGUUUUCUUGGUUAAUGUUGAGUUUAUUUGACAGUUGUAAUAAAGCUUUAUAUUUAGGACUAAUAACAGAAUAUCAAUAAUUAGUAAAGAAGGUGAAACAUUUCAGCGUGUGCACUCUUGUGUAUAUAACAUGCACUGUGUCACAUAUUGUGUCCUUUGUUUGCUAGUCUGGCAGCUCUGGCCUUGGUUAAAGGUUAGAUGAACUCUUUGUCAUAUUUAAUAUCAUAUUUAAUGCAAGCCAAUGUUUGUUUAUUUGGCUGUAAACAUCAGAUUACCCGGUAUACACAUUUUUUUUUACUGGUACAUGUAAUAUAUUCCAGCAAUUUUAACACUCAACAAGUCUUGAUUUUGAUUCAUGUUUGUUAGAAAUUUGUUGGACAUAAGAUUUUUAGGUAAAGAUUGCAUAGGGACUGACUUGAUAGCUAGAUGUUCCAAGGCUUAUAAUUAUCACACUGUCUUUUUUGAUAAACAAAAUAUAGUGCAUUGAUCAUAACCUUCUAUAAAUCCUAUCCAGAAAUUUUUCAAUGUACCCGGUAAUAUACGCUCAGAUAUUCAAGGCACAAAAUGACGUUAGACUUGUCAAGAAACAUAACUUUUGCAAGGUACCGUAAUCUAAUAUCUAGUCUAAAAAUAUAAAUGAUGUCAUUGUUAACCUCAUCUUUAAAAAUUAAAGUUAUUUUCCUUUGUCUAGAAUAGCUGUUAAAUCAACUACAACCAAUGCCAUAUUUAAUAUUACUUCCCACUGAUAAAUUGAAGCAAUCUUUAAAGUUAACCGUUAAGUGCUUUCUAGCAUUCUAGCAAAUUAGUUAGUGGCUGUGGCUACAUCAUGUUGUAUUGUCUAAUUUGGUUGCAAUUUGGGAACAUCUUAGCUUUUCAUUUUGGUGAUGAAUCCAAUGGUUUGAUAGUUCAUAUAAAGCCAUCUAUAUGGAUGGAGACUACUAAAAUAAAAUUAUGAGGAUAGCUUUAAUAAUUGGUUAAGUUGAUUUAUUAAAUGAAAUCUGUAAGAAUGACAUUUAGUGAUUAGACUAAAAUGUAGGUCAACUGUGUUAGAAUUUAUUAUCAAUCAUGUUUUUUGUGAAACAAAUAUACACAAUGUACAUAGGUAGAUGUCUUAGAUUUGUUGGCACAUAUUUUUCUUGCAUUAAAAGCCUUGUGGAAUUGUCAUUAAGUUUAUAUUACUGUUUUUGUGAAUGUUUGUACAAGUAUAGAUACUUUGUGUCCUAAAUAUGAGAUGUAUUGUUUGUAAUUUAUAGGUUAACUAUCUUUUACAAUAUCUAUAGGUAACAUACAGGGGUCGAAUUUAAGCUUUUUGUGUACUGGCCAGCCGGACCAGUGGACUGAAAAUCAACUGGUCCGGCUCCUAAUCUACUGGUCCUGCAAAAAUUACAUGCAUUUGACAACUCUAUCAACUGUAAUACUUAGUAUCCCCUGUAAUUGAUGUCGCAGGUAAAUUGUUUUGUAAACAAAAAGAGAUUGCAAAGCCAUCAGAGAUUUUUAUAGGCAAAUCUACUGGUCUGACGCAAAUUCUACUGGUCUCGGACCACCAGACCAGCGCUAAUUUCUACCCCUGGUAACAUAUGACUGUAAAGUUCCUAGUAUUAAAUAUUAUACAGAUGUUAUUUUA